AGCCGCAUUGCCAGGCGAGUGGGCGGGGCCGGCGGUUGGCGAUCGGCGCGGCCCGGGAGGCGGCUGCACGUGCGGGUGGGGACGAUGCGUCACUGAUCGGUGAGGCGCGGCCGAGGGGUCGGUCUACCUUCGAAGUGCGCGGCUAGCCGCUUUUUCAGAGGAACGAGGAUGAAUAUGACUCAAGCCCGAGUUCUGGUGGCUGCAGUGGUGGGUCUGGUGGUUAUCCUGCUUUACGCCUCCAUCCACAAGAUCGAGGAAGGACAUCUGGCUGUGUACUACAGGGGAGGAGCUUUACUAACUAGCCCCAGUGGACCAGGCUAUCAUAUCAUGUUGCCUUUCAUUACUACGUUCAGAUCUGUGCAGACAACACUACAAACCGAUGAAGUUAAAAAUGUGCCUUGUGGAACGAGUGGUGGGGUCAUGAUCUAUAUUGACCGAAUAGAAGUGGUUAAUAUGUUGGCUCCUUAUGCAGUGUUUGAUAUUGUGAGAAACUACACUGCAGAUUAUGACAAGACCUUAAUUUUCAAUAAAAUCCACCAUGAACUGAACCAAUUUUGCAGUGCCCACACGCUUCAAGAAGUUUACAUUGAGUUGUUUGAUCAAAUAGAUGAAAACCUGAAGCAAGCUCUGCAGAAAGAUUUAAACAUCAUGGCCCCAGGCCUCACCAUACAGGCUGUACGUGUUACAAAACCCAAAAUUCCAGAAGCCAUAAGAAGAAAUUUUGAGUUAAUGGAGGCUGAGAAGACAAAACUUCUUAUAGCUGCACAGAAACAAAAGGUGGUGGAGAAAGAAGCUGAGACAGAGAGGAAAAAGGCUGUUAUAGAAGCAGAGAAGAUUGCACAAGUGGCAAAAAUUCAGUUUCAGCAGAAGGUGAUGGAGAAAGAAACUGAAAAGCGCAUUUCUGAAAUUGAAGAUGCUGCAUUCCUGGCCCGAGAGAAGGCAAAAGCAGAUGCUGAAUAUUAUGCUGCACAUAAAUAUGCCACCUCAAACAAGCACAAAUUGACCCCGGAAUAUCUGGAGCUCAAAAGGUUUGAAGCCAUUGCUUCUAACAGUAAGAUCUACUUUGGCAACAACAUCCCUAGCAUGUUCGUGGACUCCUCUUGUGCUUUGAAAUAUUCAGAUAUUAGGACUGGAAGAAAAAACUCUCUCCCCUCUAAGGAGGCUCUUGAACCCUCUGGAGACAACCCUAUCCAAAACAAAGAGAACACAGGUUGAUGCAAGAGGUGGAAAUGUUCUCCCAUAUCAAGAUGUGGCCCGAGGGGUUAAGUGGAAAUGAUGGUUAUACAACUCUUCAGAUUUACAGAGAACUUGUGCUCUGUCUGUUCUGCCUGUUCUAUGGUAGUCCUGGUUUAUCAGCUGAUUACAGAAUAGAGCCAGCUGUCUGGCACCCAAUGGUCUUUUCAGUGGCAGUUUGAUCAAGUAUCCUGUGAGUGUGCUUUCUAAACUGGUCCUCACGAAGGAGGGAAGGUCUGAUGCUAAGAUACUGCCUGCACUGGAAUGUUAAACAUUAAAUAUAUAACAAGCUGUGUUUUUCUGAGCUAAGAUACAUUGAAUAAUGUUUACAUUGGUCCCCUGGGAAAUGUGUGCUCAGCCAUUCAAGAGAUAGGAGGCCAGAGAGAAGACGGCCAGGCUGUGGUAAGUGUGAAAAUGACUGAUUGCACCUGGGACCCAGACUCUUUGGGGUCCAAUCUCAGCAUUCAUCCAUGUGAUUAGUCCACCGAAGUUUCCCAGGAAAUGAUCUUCCACUUGAUCAACCAUUUACUUGAUACGACUUGCACCUUUUGUUUUCCUCCAGUCAAGUUGGUGGCCUGCUGCAACAUGUACCUGCCAUCCAACCAGAUAUUCCUAAUCAUUAGUUUAUUGCUUUAGUAGGCUCAGAGAUAGAGCAUGAUUUGAACUUUUGGGUGAGAUGAAACCUUUGCUUUGAACCAAAGCUCUGGGGCCCUGCAUUCCCCUCUGUUGGGCGAUGACUGUCUGUGUUACUGCCCCAGGCCAUGUGUGACUAAGGUGCCUGAUUUUUAGCCACAGACAACUCCUAUACGCCACCUCUCAGCUCUGGUUGGCCAAGAGUGGGGCAGGAUUUUACCAGAAAUAGCAGCAGCAUAGAUUCCUAGCUGUUCACUGCACAGUAGCAUAUCAUUAACUGCAGGAAGUUUUUAUUUUUAAAACUGGAUUUGGGGUACAGUCAUUUGCCCCAAUACCUCUGCCUGAAGGCCAAAUCCUAGGGUUGCCCAGGUUAUUAGCACAACUGGUUCUCGUGUUGUUCAUCAGGAGCCCACGUAGUGUGGAACAAAGUAAGUUAGAAAGCAUCCGUGGUCAUCUUUGUCCCCAUCCUUCCUGGUCCUGAGGUGCUGAAAUCAGAGUUGUUCUUCAACCUUCACCUUCCCUGGGUGAUCAGGAUUUCACUGCAUUCUGGGCGGCCAGUGGACUUAAUCUUCCACAGGAGGAUGACAGAGUUAGUCUGUGGCUAUGGGAGACCUAUUUCUUCUGGACCUUUUUUCCCUUAAGGUGAACAUUCCUGAAACUGUGUGUCUCAUAGUUAGGCCUGAGUUUGUGUAGCCUCCUAAGACAUUUUGGCUACAUUGUGUUCAAGCCAAACAGAAGUCAUGGGAGCACUCCCAGAAAUCUUUGAGCUCUCAGUCCUGUCAGUCUCAUGACAGUUUGUGAAUUGUGCCAAACACUUUAUAUGAGAACAGAGCCCCAGUUUGAGUGGGUCUUUUCCCUAGGCCUUAUACUAGAGAGGCAUUUGUAAUAGAAAAUCAUUUUUUCAUUUUUGCUCAUUUAAUUAUAUACAUUCUCUUUAUGAAUGGAUUUUGUGUUCUGUAGCCCUCCUUAAAAGAACCUUGGAACUAUAAAAACUCACCUGUCAUAUUGUUGCUGCAGAUAAAUAAUGAUUGUUGUGGGAAAUCUGGAUCAUUGACCUUUGUGCUUUCUAGAGAUUUUUCCUGUUCCCAUGAGCUAAAAGCUGUUGCCCUAAAGUGAUGGAUGUGGGUUUUCUUAGAAGCUCUGGUGGCAGAGUUGAAAAACAGGAAAUAGUGUUACGGUGUUUUAACAAAAGUACUUCCACUUAAACUCCCCAUGGAGUGUGCUUCCCUGUGUUCACUCGAACUGUUAAGUUUAUCCCUCCUUCAGGGAUGUUCCUUUUGGCAAAUACACACUGUAAUCUUGAAGUCUAAAUUUAUAUGUGAAAUGCUAUCUUUUUUAAAAAGAACUAAAUAAAAUUAUUUUACUAUCAGUGA